CCCCGAUGGGAGCAAUGCUCGACGGCAAAAUAUCCACUGUUUUAGACUGAUGUCGCAAUGUCUAGAAGGGCCAAGCAGGUGCGGGCCUUGACUAUGCAGAACGACGGCAGAUACAUCGCGGAAAGGUCAACGUCCUCACCUCUCCUGAACUUACCCGCGGAAAUACGAGCCAGAAUAUGGGACAUUGCCUUGGGACAUCGGACAAUACAUAUCAAAUUCGCCCCGGCGAGACCGUGGGAACCCAUGCGCUGGAGAAGCGGGAGGGGACCGGCAUAUAGGGAGUGCGAAGGCAAGUUCACGUACAUUGUGUGUGAGGCAGAAGUCUCCGAAGAAGAAGCAUACAGAUACUCCCUCAGCGCAGAAUAUGAGCAAUAUAUGGAAACGCAAGGGGCAGGCGAGGACAAACGGCUGUCUCGAGAUCGACAUUCACUUUGCUAUCGAUGCUACGAAGAUAGUGAUGAUAACUUCAGGCCGUUGCACGACUUGGAUGGCACAGAAAGGGUUCAUGGAGGUGGACCCAAAGAUAUAGCACGAUUGACCAGCAAUCGACUACCCAUUGCACUUUUAAGAACUUGUCGCCAGGCAUAUUCCGAAAUUAACCCUAUAUUUUGGAAUACGACGACGUGGUCCUUUACACAUUCCCUGGCAUUCUCUCAGUUUAUGCAUCACAGGAACUCUGUUCAGAGGAGUUUGAUGAAACGGCUGCACCUUGAUGUCAAUUUUGCUUAUGGCCAGGGCCAUUGGGAAUAUGGGUGGUACAGCGUACUGAACAAAGUCAUGCUUGAGAAUUUCCCAUCGCUAGAAGUUCUCCAUCUUGAUUUUGGAAGGGUCCAGCAGAUCCCUUUUCAUUGUAGGGAACUGGAAUGUUACCGUCACAUCCCUUAUUCACAAUACGGGAUCAACAAGCUGUUGGAUCUCUCAUAUCUACCGUUAACGCAAGUCAGCGUCAUAUGCACCGAGAUUCGCAACAUGAGCCGAUUGGAAAUUGAACACCAUAUAAGAUUGGACAUGGCGGAGAGCAUUCAUACUAGGUUGCUUGACUACCAGGGGAGACAGGAAGCCAAACAGAGAACUAGAAACUUAAUCUUAAUGCCUUGAAAUCGCCUCCUAGGGGAGUGUUUGAUUGUAUAGUCGGGACAAUUGCCUU